CUAACCCAAUAACCCCUCUCUCUCUCUCUCUCUCUCUCUCCUCUUCCCUAUAUCAGUGCCUCGUGUUGGUUCUGCUUUUUUCUUGAUCUUUUGAUACCCAACUCACUCUCUCUCUCUCUCUCUCUCUCUCUCGACAGUUCUGAGCAGGAGACAAAUGGGUUGGUUUCCUUGCUCUGGACAAUCAAACCAAAAUAAGAAGAAGAGGAAGAAGAAGCAGUCUCUUGAUCUGACCCAACCCACUUCUGAGAAAUUGAAGAAAAAUCCCUCUUUGAAGGUGAAGGAGCCCUCAAAAGAUGGAGGGUCUGAUCAUAUUGCUGCCCAGACUUUCACAUUUCGUGAAUUGGCUUCUGCAACCAAAAAUUUUAGGGGUGACUGUCUUCUUGGAGAGGGAGGUUUUGGAAGAGUAUAUAAAGGGCGACUGGAAAGUUCUAAUCAGAUUGUGGCCAUAAAGCAACUUGAUCGUAAUGGACUGCAAGGGAACAGGGAAUUCCUUGUUGAAGUGCUGAUGUUAAGUUUGCUUCAUCAUCGUAACCUUGUUAAUCUUAUUGGUUAUUGUGCUGAUGGAGACCAGAGACUUUUGGUUUACGAGUACAUGCCACUAGGAUCUCUAGAGGACCAUCUUCAUGACCUUCCACCUGGCAAGAAACGGCUUGAUUGGAACACAAGAAUGAAAAUAGCAGCCGGGGCAGCAAAAGGGUUGGAGUAUUUACAUGACAGAGCCAGCCCCCCUGUAAUAUACCGUGAUUUAAAAUGCUCCAACAUUUUGCUUGACGAGGAAUAUCAUCCCAAGCUAUCUGAUUUUGGGUUAGCAAAACUCGGGCCUGUCGGGGAUAAUACGCACGUAUCAACAAGGGUUAUGGGUACUUAUGGGUACUGUGCCCCAGAGUAUGCAAUGACUGGCCAGCUGACUCUGAAAUCAGAUGUUUAUAGCUUUGGGGUCGUUCUUUUGGAGAUCAUUACAGGUAGGAAAGCAAUCGACAACUCAAAAACUGCGGGAGAGCACAAUCUGGUAGCAUGGGCAAGACCUUUAUUCAAAGAUCGAAGGAAAUUCUCACAGAUGGCUGAUCCAAUGCUCCAAGGCCAAUAUCCCAUGAGGGGGUUGUACCAAGCUCUUGCAGUCGCAGCAAUGUGUGUUCAGGAGCAGCCUACAAUGCGCCCGGUCAUAGCCGAUGUAGUAACAGCUUUGAGUUACCUUGCUUCGCAGAAACACGACCCUGAAACCCAGCCAGUCCAAAGCUCCCGCUGGGCCCCUUGUACUCCUCCUAGGACAAGGAGAGACAGUAGCGAUAAGAGACUCAAUGGCAAUAGUGGAUCGGAGAGGGAUCGAACCAGAAGGUUAAAUUGAGAUUGUUUCUUGAGGAUUCCUUCUCAAUCCGAGUAGAUAUGCUUUGCAAUGUGUCAAUGGUAAAACUACAGUCAGAGAUGAUCAGAGCUCAAGCAAUGCCUGCUCAUCGCAUUUUGUGUCACUUCACACUUACCAGCGCACAUCUGAGCCCUUUUGUGUUUGUCGUGGGAGAAAAUUUUCGCCUUCUUUGUUGUUAUGCAUACGUGAGAGAGCCCAAUUGGGUCAAUAUUCGUGCCUCGUCUUCAGACAUCUGGUUUUGCCUUGUAUGUGGUAUUUCCCCAUUUUCUUGUGCCUUUCUUUUAUUUGUACAGUUAUGUUCUCUGCAUAUUCAAUUAUAUAAGUUUCUGUAAAAUUAAAAACAAUUCAAACCACGACUAUAACUAUAUUGCAUCACGGAUUUGACAUA